UAUUAAUAUUGUCGAAGUCUUGAAUUCACCUAAACCUCAUAAACCCUCUUCUCUCCCUCUCUCUCUCUCAUCGUCAGUCAUUUCUCAUCUACGACAGAAGUACGUUUCAUAUAAAUAUAUAUAUUAUACACGGAAACCCGAAAAACACAAAAAGCGAAAAUUAAGAAUAGAAGGAAAAAGUAGAUCAAGAAAAUAGCAUGGCCUCUCACUUUCCCGACGACUUCAAGUGCCCGAUUUCUCUGGAGAUAAUGUCCGACCCGGUUAUUCUCUCAUCGGGUCACACCUUCGAUCGCCCAUCUAUCCAGCAGUGGUUGGACGCCGGCCACCGUACCUGUCCGAUUUCCAAGCUGCCCUUAUCCGACCCUCCUUCCCUCAUUCCCAACCACGCCCUUCGCAGCCUUAUUUCGAAUUACACCCUCGUUUCCUUCCCCAAACCUCACCAAUACCCUCCCAACCCACAAACCCUAGUCCACGCUUUGCUUUCUCCUUCAUCCCCUUUGGAGGAAAAACUCAGCUCGCUCGACCAACUCAGCCGGAUUUGUAAGAGUGACUCUGCGAUUCGUCGGCGACUGGCUGAGUCGGGGGCCGUGUCCGCGGUUUUGGACUGUGUCGAUUCGAUCGAGUCCGGGCUCCAAGAAAAGGCCCUUCAUUUGCUGCUUAUAUUGAGUCUGGAUGACGACAGCAAGGUGGGCUUGGUCGUGGAAGGUGUCGUUGGGAAGGUGGUUCAGGCCCUUCGCUGCGGCCUUGGGGAUACCCGCGCGGUUGCUGCCACGGUGUUAACUAGCCUUGCCGUUCUGGAAGUGAACAAGGUCACAAUCGGGUCGUACCCGGAUGCCAUUCCAGGUUUGGUAUCCCUCCUACAAAUGGGAAAUUCGAGGGAGAGGAAAGAAGCAGCCACUACGUUGUUCACGCUCUGUUUGUUCCCCGAUAAUCGCAUUCGUGCCAUACAAAACCUUGUCGUGCCCAUUUUAAUCCAGAAUGCUAAUUCGGGCCUGGAACGAGCCGUGGAGGUUCUGGGCCUAUUGGCAAAAUGUGAAUUUGCACGGGAUGACAUGAUUCAGUGUAGUGGGUUUUUGGAUAUCCUGGUCGAGGUUCUGAAAAAUGGGAGUUCGAGGGGUGUGCAAUACGCUCUGUUAACCUUGAGUUCUUUGUGUAGUUAUAGCGAAAAGAUGCUUCUGGAAGCACUGAGAGAAGGUUUGUUUGAGAUAUGUGUUGCAUUGUUGGAGGAUGACAAUGAAAAGGUGAGGCGAAAUGCUAAAACUUUCAUCCAAGUAUUACAAGGGAAGAGGAAAAAUGUGUGAUUGCAUUGGUAGUUGAAGCAGAGUUCAUGAGAGUGAAAGUGCUAAUAAGCUGUGAUGGAAGUUUGCCCCUUUGGAGGUGAAUAGAUAGAUUUUGGGUAAUUUUUGCUGUUCUUGAUAGUUCUGUGUACAAAAGA